AUGGGUGUCCCAGCCGCCUGGGGAGAGACGGCCACAUUCCAGACUCCGGGCUGGCAGGGAGGCUUGGCAGCGAGUUCCAACAGGAGGGCGGCCUGAGCUUGGGCAGGCCAGCACUGAGGGGUUCCUCCCCACCCCGGGAGGCCCCAGGCUGGGGAGAUGGAAGAACAGGUGUUCAAGGGGGACCCAGAUACCCCUCAUUCCAUCUCCUUCUCGGGCAGUGGAUUCCUCUCCUUCUACCAGGCCGGGGUGGUGGAUGCCUUUCGGGACCUGGCUCCCCGGAUGCUGGAAACGGCCCAUCGCUUUGCUGGGACGUCGGCAGGUGCCGUGAUUGCAGCCUUGGUCAUCUGUGAGAUUGAAAUGGAUGAGUACCUCCAAGUCCUCAAUGUGGUUGUGGCCGAGGUGAAGAAAUCCUUCUUGGGGCCCUUGUCCCGGUCCUGUAAGAUGGUGCAGAUGAUGAGGCAGUUUCUGUACCGGGUCCUGCCUGAGGACUCCUACAAGGUCGCCACGGGGAAGCUCCACGUGAACCUCACCCGGUUCACGGAUGGAGAGAGUGUUGUGGUUUCAGAAUAUACGUCCAAGGAAGAGCUCAUCGAGGCCCUGUACUGCAGCUGCUUUGUCCCUGUGUACUGUGGCCUCAUUCCUCCAACUUACCGCGGAGUGCGGUACAUCGACGGGGGCUUCUCGGGCAUGCAGCCCUGCUCCUUCUGGACGGACUCCAUCACCAUCUCCACCUUCAGUGGUCAGCAGGACAUCUGCCCGCGGGACUGCCCCGCCAUCUUCUGUGACUUCCGCAUGUUCAACUGCUCUUUCCAGUUCUCCCUGGAGAACAUCGCCAGGAUGACCCAUGCCCUGUUCCCUCCAGACCUGGUGAUCCUGCACAAUUAUUACUACAGAGGGUACGAAGAUGCUGUUUCGUACUUGAGGCGGCUGAAUGCUGCUUACCUUAAUUCUCCUUCCAAGAGAGUGAUUUUCCCCUGGGUAGAAGUGUACUGCCAGAUAGAACUUGCUCUUGGCAAUGAGUGCCCUGAACACUGUCAACCAAGCCUCCAAACAGAGCGGACUAGUCCAGAAGAAUCCAGACAACUUCACACACAAUGGGCUCCCAAAGGGGAAAGAAAAGGUGGCCGUAGUCCACCUCUGUCCCCACCUGUGCAGACACCUGAAUCCACAUGUGAGUGGCCUGUGGAGUCACCUGUUUCACCACCUGCAUCGCCACUGGCCUCAUCACCAUCACAUUCUCCAACUGACUUGCCGCCUCUAUCACUCCCAGCUGUGCACUUCCUCCCCAGCUCAACACCUGGGCUGUCACCCGUAUCACCAUCACCGCAGGUACAACUGACUGGAUCACCACCCAGAUCCCCACCCCCCCAGUCAUCAAUGUCAUCCAGGACAUCCCUGGGGCCUUCCGCUGUGGGGACAUCUCCAACAUUGCCCCAGUGUUCUUCUUCAGCAUCACCUGCACAGCCACCUGUGGAGGAACUGGGCCCAGAACAGCCCCAAGGAAACUGUGAGCCGAGAGAGAAAACUUGA